GGAGGAGGGAGUUGGUUCUGCUAUCUCCAAUUACCCUCUAUCUGCAGUAUGGCGGCGCCGCGGUGUGUGAGAUCCUUGCUGCGGCCGGCGGCGAGGGUGCAGGCUCCGAAAUCAUUUUCGACGUCAAGAGCGGUGCGGGCGAAAGAUGGAGAGGGCCGACCGGAGCUGUUCCCUCAAGAUAUGAGUUUGGAGGAGAGGUUAAAGGCGUUGAAUAUCGAUCCGGCGGAGUACCAGAAGCUAUACAAGAGCCAGCAGAAGGUCGAAAGAGAAUUCGCAAAAUGGGAGCCCAAGACGGCGGCCGAAGCGAAGAGACGAUGGGAAGAAGCAAAGGAUACACCGGAUCAUUACACACUGCUGCACAUCUACAAGCGGGCGGGCAUCGAGCCCAUAAAGCUUGCAAAAGAACGCGGCAUCCAGCACCCAGAUGGCGAGCCCACUCCCCUCGACCCCAAAACCCGCAAAGAGCUCGGCGACCUCCGCUCCCCCAUCAACGUCCAAGCCGUCAACAUGCGGCCCCUGCGCCGCGCCGCCGAACACGGCAUCCCCGUCUGCGACCUCCAGCUCCGAACCUACUCGAUCCGCAACCUACUGCUCUUCGCGGACUUUGCGAUGCGCGCGGCGUACUACAUGGGCUUGCCCGCCAAGGGUCCCAUCCCCCUUCCCAGGAUUACAGAGCGCUGGACCGUUCCCAGGGCAAACUUCAUCUUCAAGAAGAGCCAGGAGAACUUUGAGCGAAUCACCAUGCGGCGCCUCAUCCAGAUCCAGGACGGGCACCCGGACGUGGUGAAGGCGUGGUUGGCCUUCCUGCAGGAGCACCAGUACUACGGCGUGGGUAUGAAGGCGAAUAUCUGGGAGUACGAGAGUCUGGAGGCGGCGACGAAUGUGGGUGUGGAGAUCAAAGAGGGCGAGUUUGAGGGGAGGAGGGAGAGGCCGAUGUUGGAGAAGGUCAGGGAGAUUUUGGGGAGUGAGGGGUAUAGGGAGAGUAUGAAGGCGUGGAAAGGGCCGGAGGGGGUGGAAGUGAGACAGUAGGGUGGGAGGGAGUGUACGAUAUCUGGACGGCAGGUCGGCGAGCGUUUGUUGAAUCAUUGCUCAUGCGAGAAAUGCCGGAUGGCUGAUGGGACUUGUAUAAGACGUAUAUACUGUGGUUUAACAUUGGUAGUUGGAGGUGCAUUCGAAAUCUCCAAGUUCGAUUAUGCUCUGU